AAGGCAGGACUCGACGUGACACUCGGCCCUACUCGCAAUACCUCGCCGUCCAACCUGACAUUAGCUUGUAAGUGUAUGCAAUACAGGUUAAGCCCGUUAGUUAUAAGCCGGUAGCUCUAAGUUCUUUAGUUGUAACCGCGCCAUAGUCACGUGUAAAUAAAUGUUGUCGACCGCACGCCGCACCUGUCUUGCGCUUCUCGCCGCCUUACGCCAACCGCUUUGCGUCUCCGCUUUGCUACCAGCGACACUGCGACAUCACCCGGCCCUGCACUACUCUGUAUCUACCUUUCUACCAAUAAAUAAUCUUUUCGCUGCAACCUGUGUUCGCGUACGCUCGAGUCUCCUCUCCUCUCGAACUCGGACACCGACGAGCCGAUCCGAGCAUCGAGCGAGAUGACCGCGUUAUAAACUUGCAAUAUUUUAAUGAAAAUGAAAAAUGAAGAUGAAUUUUUAAUUUUGAUAAUAUACUGGAUAAAUCUAUACAUUCUGCUAAUACGUAAAAAAAAACAAAUUAGGCGGUUAAAUAGACGAUGGCUUGUGAGACCUAUUAAUAGAAUGAGAGAUCAAAAUGGAGAUUAUAAUAAUUUAUUUCAAGAAAUAAAAAGUGAUUCUAAAUUAUUUUAUCGUUAUACCAGAAUGACUUUGGUACAUUUUCAGCAAUUAGUACAAAUAACAAAACCAUAUUUAACAAAAAAAAGUUCUCGUGCUUUAAAUCCAGAACUACGGCUUUUAAUAACUUUAAGAUAUCUGGCUACAGAUGACCAGCCAUUUAGUAUAGCUUUGGCGUUUAGAGUUGGUGAAUCCACAGUAAGAGAAGUGAUAAAAGAAGUUUGUCUUAUUUUAAUUAAGAUUUUAAAUCCAAUAUCCAAUCUUUCUGUAUCUAUGGAAGAAGAUUGGAAAAAAUAUACAUAUGGAUAUUGGAAGAAGUGGAACAUUCCAAAUUGUCUGGGUUCUGUUGAUGGCAAACAUGUUAGAUUAUGUUGUCCUCCGAACUCUGGAAGUCUACAUUAUAAUUAUAAAAAAUUUUAUAGUAUAGUAUUAUUGGCGACAGCUGAGCAUUUAUACAGAUUUAUGUUAAUUGACAUUGGAGCAUAUGGAGGAAAUAGUGACGGUGGCAUUUUCAAUGAGUGCGACAUAGGGAUAAAUUUAAAGAAUAAUCAGUUAAAUUUACCAGAAGAAUCAAUAAAUCUUCCUGAUAGCGAUAUAAAAACGCACACGUACUUUGUAGCCGAUGAUGCUUUUAAAUUGUCAAAGAGAAUAAUGAAGCCUUAUUCCAGCAAAAACUUGAUAUAUAAACAGAAGAUUUUUAAUUACCGACUUUCUAGAGCACGAAGAACAGUAGAAAGUGCUUUUGGAAUUUUUUCGAAUAAAUGGAGAAUAUUCCAUACAGCUAUCAGUAUGUUGCCAGAAACCGCUGAUUUAAUUGUAACUGCUUCAGUAUGUCUACACAAUUAUGUAUUGAAAGAGGAGCAACGCAGUGUACAUAAAAUGUACAGCCAAGAAGAAAUUCCUAAUAAUAAUACUAAUCAGGAUGUACCUUGGAUUAGUAUACCGAAUGUUCUUGAAGAAGACAACAAUGAUAUAAGAACAGCCGAAGCUCAAAGAAAUAUUUUAAGCGAUUAUUUUAUCUCUGAAGCUGGAAAAGUGGAAUGGCAACAUGAUUACCAUGAUUACAUGAUUGACCUCUUCAAAGAGGUGUUUAUGCAGAUGAAUAAAUGAAUAAAUGUAUAUGUGUAUGUGUGUGUGUGUGUGUGUGUGUGUG